GGAGAGCUGCCAGGGCCGCACGCGAGGCCGAACUUUUACCGGUCACUUUUUUCUUUCUUUUUUUUUUUUUCCUUUUUUUCUUCUUUUGCCUCACCUAGUUUUUUUUAAUUUUCAUUAUUUUCCCUUCGUUAGAGCCUUUAUUGGACACCCUGAGUCAUUUCUAAGGAUUAAACUAUCCUCCUGUGCGGGUUAUCUAUAACCUCUCCGACUUUAGAAGUGUGUUUUGUAGAAAAGUCCGGAGUUUGACGGCUCGAAGCUAACUCGCUAACAGGACGGGAAAAGUGACGUCAUCGAAGGGAAACUUUACCUCAGAUUAAAUCUGUCUGAGGACCGAUCGAGGGGUUUUAUUUUACUUUAUGAAGUUUUUUGGGCUCAAAAGGAGAACUUCUGUGAGAAACUUUAAUCCUGGCUCUCAGAACAGCCGGUGAUUAGCAUGCUAAACAGGUGCGGCUAGUCAGGACACCAGGGCUCGGGAUUUAUUACUUUCUGUUGUUGUUGUUUUUAAACUGGGAUUUAAAUCUUCUUUUCCUUAAGUGGUGCUAAGAGCUGAUUGGCCGGCGGUUGCCAUGGCGUCUUCGGUGAAGGUGGCGGUUCGCGUGCGGCCCUUCAACAACCGUGAGACAAACCGUGCAGCGAAGUGUGUGAUCCAGAUGCAGGACAAGUCCACCUGCAUCGUUAACCCCAAACAGCCCAAAGACACGCCCAAGAGCUUCACGUUCGAUUACUCCUACUGGUCACACAGCACAGAGGAGGACCCGUGCUUUGCAUCUCAGAGGCAGGUGUAUUUGGACAUCGGAGAGGAAAUGCUGCUUCACGCGUUCGAAGGCUACAACGUCUGCAUAUUUGCAUACGGCCAAACCGGAGCGGGAAAAUCCUACACCAUGAUGGGCAAGCAGGAGCCCGAGCAGCAGGGCAUCAUCCCACAGCUCUGUGAAGACUUGUUCAAACGAACCGCAGAAAACAGCGACCCUGACCUGUCCUACUCAGUGGAGGUGUCGUAUAUGGAGAUUUACUGUGAGCGCGUGAGGGACUUGCUGAACCCUAAGUGUAGAGGCCCUCUGAGGGUCAGAGAGCACCCCAUCAUGGGGCCAUAUGUAGAGGACCUGUCCAAGAUGGCAGUCACCUGUUACAGCGACAUCGCUGAUCUGAUGGACUGCGGCAACAAGGCCCGGACGGUGGCUGCGACCAACAUGAACGAGACGAGCAGCCGCUCUCAUGCCGUCUUCACCAUUCUGUUUACACAAAGACGCCACGACCAGAUGACCAACCUCAACACAGAGAAGGUGAGUAAAAUCAGCCUGGUCGACCUGGCAGGAAGUGAAAGAGCCGAUUCAUCCGGGGCAAAGGGCAUGAGGUUAAAGGAAGGUGCAAACAUAAACAAAUCUCUCACUACACUGGGCAAGGUCAUCUCAGCACUGGCGGAUAUGCAAAACACCAAAAAGAGGAAGUCUGACUUCAUCCCUUACAGAGACUCAGUGCUCACCUGGCUACUGAGAGAGAACCUGGGGGGGAAUUCUCGUACAGCCAUGAUCGCUGCUCUGAGUCCGGCAGACAUCAACUACGAGGAAACCCUCAGUACACUCAGGUAUGCGGACCGAGCCAAGCAGAUCCGCUGUAACGCUGUUAUUAAUGAAGACCCGAACGCUCGUCUGGUCCGAGAACUCAAAGAGGAAGUGUCGCGACUCAAAGAGCUGUUGCUGGCUCAGGGCCUCAGUGACCUCAUACCUGUGGCAGGUAACACACACAUAUGUACAUACACACACACACACACACACACACACACACACACGCUCAAUAAUAAUAUUAAUAAUAAUAAUAAUGAACACUCCUCAGGGUCUCCUGCAGGGGGCGCUCCAGUCGUAUCCCAGCAGCCUCCUGUCACUGAUGCCCAGAUCCCCCAGAUUACUCAGAUUACCCAUGAUGCACCGAUGGAGGAACUGAUCCCCACCAGCCCUGUAAAACCCAUUAGCAAAGAGGAGGCUGUGGAGAGACUGAAGGAGACAGAGAAGAUUAUAGCAGAGCUGAAUGAGACAUGGGAAGACAAACUGCGCAAAACCGAAGCCAUACGGUUAGAGAGGGAGGCCCUGCUGGCAGAGAUGGGAGUGUCCAUUAAAGAAGACGGAGGGACAGUCGGUGUCUUUUCUCCUAAAAGAACUCCACAUUUAGUGAACUUAAAUGAAGAUCCUUUGAUGUCAGAGUGCCUGCUGUAUUACAUUAAAGAUGGAAUAACCAGGGUCGGACAGGAGGACGUAGAUAUUCGUCUGAGUGGACAAUUUAUUAAAGAACUGCACUGUGUGUUCUGCAGUGAAGUGGAAGAAAAUGGCGAAGUGGUCGUGACUCUGGAGCCGUUACCCGGAGCAGAAACGUAUGUAAACGGCAAACAGAUCACAGAAGGAGUCGUGCUCAAACAAGGUAACCGAAUCGUAAUGGGGAAGAACCACGUGUUUCGUUUUAACCAUCCUGAGCAGGCAAGGUUGGAAAGAGAGCGCAGUGCCACUCAGGACCAGCAGGGGGAGCAGGUGGACUGGAGUUACGCACAGAAAGAGCUGCUGGAGAAACAAGGCAUCGAUAUAAAACAGGAGAUGGAAAGGAGGCUGCAGGAUUUGGAGAAUCAGUAUCGUAAAGAAAAAGAGGAGGCUGACCAACUGCUGGAACAGCAAAGACUGUAUGCAGACUCAGACAGCGGUGAUGACUCAGAUAAACGGUCCUGUGAGGAGAGCUGGAGACUCAUCUCAUCUCUCCGAGAGAAACUGCCAGCCAACAAGGUGCAGUCCAUAGUGAAGAAGUGCGGUUUGCCAAGCAGCGGGAAACGCCGUGAGCCCCUGCGUGUGUAUCAGAUUCCUCAGAGACGGCGUCUUCCUGCCAACCUCGAGUCCAAACAGCACCCGAGUGUGGAGGAGCUGCGCACACAGGCUGUGAAGGAGAUCUGCUACGAGGUGGCCCUUGGAGAUUUCCGCCACACCCGCCAGGAGAUCGAGGCUCUAUCCAUCGUGCGCAUGAAGGAGCUGUGCAGGACGUACGCGCAGAGAGACCCUCAGGAGAGGGACAGCUGGAGGAGCGUCGCCAGGGACGUGUGCAACACGGUGGGCAUCGGGGAGGACGAGACCGAGACGGAGGAGAAACCUGCCGGAGGGAGGGACAGAGAGAGAGGGCGGGGACCGGAGGGAGGUAGGACGGACAUGGGGGACCUGAAAGCGCACAUCGAUAAGCUGACGGACAUUCUGCAGGAGGUGAAGCUGCAGAACAACAUGAAGGAUGAAGAGAUCAAAGCACUCAGGGACAGGAUGGUCAAGAUGGAGAGCAUAUUUCCUGUAGAGCUGCAGGGAGAUGAAGAUUCCAUGCCGGACACGGGCGGAGCGAGAUCCGAAGAGGCGACGGAGCAGGCUGGAUGGCGCGGUGAGGAGGACGGCGGGUACCGUCGAGGUCGUCACAGAUGGCAGUAUCCCGAUAGGUAUCAGGACGUCAAGCGUCGCCGUGGGAACGGCGCUUCUUCCAAUCCCCAAACAGGGCGGGCUCAGAAUAAUCCCUUCGGUGGUGGCGGCGGCAGUGGCGGGGGAUCGGGACGCAUCCCGAACACUUUCACCACACCUCAAACGGGGCGCAUCCCAAACGGACCGUUUCUACCCGGGACGGGACGCUUCCUGCCCCCUUUAGAGCGGAAGUUGCAGUUUCCUUUUAAGGGAAAUCCUCAGCACCGGGGCUUCCACUGGGGGCCUUCACCCACCCCAAGAGAACCAGACACGCAGGAAGAAAAGGAUUCCACUUCCUCUUCGUCCUCUGUGCACACAUUUCAAUCCCCGCCUUCUCCGAAUAAAGGCCAAUGGCAGCGCCGUAACCACGGAAACAGAGGACGAGGCAACCGGAACCGAUCUCGCAACCGGGGGCGGAACCCGUUCGACGGAUUUAUUCAGAACCAACACGAAAACGACAGAGAGUGCGACGACGGUGCGGGGUCACACCCGCGGCCCAAGUACAUCUGGUAUAACCUGAACGUGGGCCCGGGUCAGGAUGGAGUCCAACAGAACCAGACCCAGCAGAGCAAGCAAGGGUUCCAGAAACAGCAGAACCAGUACUACUACGUUCCGCCCCAGCUUCAACCAGCACCGACUGAGAAGAUCCACAACUGGGAGAGUUCUAAUCCUGCAAGUGCCCCGCCCACUAAGCAUGACAUCACCAGCCCUAUGGAGACCUGAGUGAAACAGGAAGUGAUGUGGAGGAAUCAGUAAUGUUGAAAGAACGAGGGGAGGAAGAAGAAAGUGUUCAGCUGGAUAAUUUUUUGGUGGGUUUGUGAUCAUUUUUGCAGUGGAGACUUUUUUUUUGGUUUGUUUUUUAAGAAACAAAAAACAAAUGCUGGAAGCGAUUAUUGAUCACACUUCUUUUUUUUAUUAUUACUAAUUAGUUUUAAUAUUUUUUUGGGGAAAACACACUACACCACACUUAUCACUGCACGCCAUGAGCUUGAACGAACGGUUUGCGUAUCAGUGCAAUGACCUUCGUGUUUUUACACGCAAACCGCGUCUAAUGGAUGUUUUUUUGUUUUUCUCCCCCAACUUGAGAAUCACGCUUCAGGCGCGGUGCCUUAUGACGCCUACAAUCCUUUAAACUUUUUAUACACACCGUCUUUAUGAUCUGUGCAUUGCCCAUAUGAGUGUGUGUGUGUGUGUAUAGAUUUUAGAAACAGGAUGUGUGAAAAUCAUGUUAACGUACAUGGGAGAGUGAGUGAGAGAGAGAGAGAGAGAGAGAGAGAAUGCCACACCACAGGAAACAAGAGUGCCUAGUGACGCACAGUGCAGUUGUUUUGAGGAUUUUUAUGGAUUUUGUAUAUUUGGGAAACGGCUGCUGCAUAUCGUUAACAAACACAAACCUUCUACCUUACUUUGUGUGAUGGAGUGAGUUUUGUGCCAAAAAACUUACGGAAUAGUUAAAACUUUAUUUUUACAUCAUUAUUAUUUGCAGCUGUAUUUUUUUUCUUCUCAGGAAGAAGACGGCCAUCUUUAAUGUCUGUUGAAUCAAACAUCCUGAGCCACGUCCUUCCAACAAGGCUUUGUCUCACACUAUACGCUUGACUCCGCCCCUCUUUCUAUGCACAUGUAGAACACCUGUCUCUGCAUUUUUGUUUAAUCGCUACACACAGGCAAAAAUACACCUUUUGAGACGCGUUCAAAAUCUGUUUGUGCACUUCCUGUUUUUUAAAUGGGCAUAGCUUACCAUAAUUCAGUUGUCUGCUCCCCCCCCCCCCAUCCCUCCUACUUGAGAUGAGAGUUUAGCAUUUUUGCCACAAAAUUCACUCUGUUUAGUGCCUGCUGAGGAAAAACAAACUUACCAAAGAGGUUUUAAGGUCAUCAGUUCAAUUGAUGGCAUGGUCAUUCCCAUACUGUGGAGGAUGCCACGCCCAAAUCUCUAGUUCUUUAAGUUUCCUCUAACUUUUUCUUUUUUCAUUCUUUCUGCUUGAAUGUUUUCCUUUUUUUCUGUUUAGUAGUGUAUGACUUUUCAUAACAAACCCUUUAUCUUUAUUUAACUCUUAUUGUAGAGAAGAUUUUUAACCUGUGGCUUUCUGGCUACAUGCAAGACAAACCCAUGAUUAUGAUAUGCAACAUAAAAGUUUGACAAUUAAAGGACUCGUAUGUUACCUGA